CUCUUCUCUUUCAUCAAUAAACCAAGUAAGAUGUCGUCGGGCCAAACAAGAGUACCGCAGGUACGGAACCCUACACUUCCUUCGCAGACCACUCCAGAACAAAGAUACUGGAGGGGAUUCACCAACCCACAGUUGGUCAAGGAAAAUCAUCCAAUCACUCAUAUCCACUUCAACCCUGCAUCUCCUCACGAUUUUGCCGUGACUUCAUCCACUAGAAUUCAAGUGUUUUCAUCCAAGACUAGACAAGUUACUCGUACAUUUUCCAGAUUCAAGGAUACCGUUUACUCGGGUGAAUUUAGAUUUGAUGGUAAACUUCUUGUAGCAGCCGAUGCUUCUGGAUUAGUUUCUAUUUUCGAUACUUUCCAAUCAAGAAACUUACUUGUAAGUCUCAAUCCUUCUGGUCAUCCAACUCAUGUAGCUAAAUUCCAUCCUACCAUUGGUAAUCAACUUGCCACCGCUUCUGACGAUAGAACCCUCAGAUUGUACGAUAUUUCACAAACCACCAGUGGUCCUAUUGUUCAAUUCGGUGAUAACUAUCAUGGUGAUUACAUUCGUAGUGCAUGUUUUGUUCCUGGGAACCCCAAUUUGAUUUCCACUGGUUGUUAUGAUGGUAUAGUACGUGUUUUCGAUGCCAGAUCCACUCAACCACUUGUUGCUCUGUUCAGUCAUGAAGGUGCUCCACCAGUGGAAGAUGUCUUGGCCUUGUCUCCUACUACCCUUGUAAGUGGUGCUGGUGCUCAAGUUAAAGUUUGGGACUUGUCUCGUGGCUCUCAAAUCCAUGAAUUAAACAAUUUCACCAAGACUGUUACCACCUUACAUAACACUGGUGACCGUGGAUUACUUGUUGGUUCAUUGGAUGGUCAUGUUAAGAUCUUUGAUUCAAACUCAUCCAAUUGGGAUGUUAAAUUUGGCUGGAAGUUUGGUAGUGGGGGUGUCUUAAGUUGUGGUGUUUCACCAACUAAUCACAAGCAUUUUGUUACCGGGUUAACUUCUGGUUUACUUUCCAUCAGAACUAGAAAGACUGAACCUAAGGUUGCACAAGGUGUUAAGGGUCCAGCUAAGUCUGCUGCCUUUGCACGUAUGAUGAAGGGUGCUGAAUAUCUUGGAGAAGAAGAACAUCGUAUAAUUCAAACAUCAACUGCCACUCCACAAAAGAAACUUAAACAAUUCGAAAAACAUCUUAAUGCAUUCAGAUGGUCCGAUGCACUUGACAGUGCAUUUGCCACUGGCCUCCCAAAAGAACAAACCGUUACAGUUUUGAAUGAAUUGAAGAAACGUGGUAAGAUUAGAAUAUCACUCUAUGGAAGAGAUGAGAUCUCUCUCUUGCCAAUUUUACAAUGGUUCAUCAAGAACUUGGAAGAUGUACGUUCUAUCAACUUGAUCUGUGACUAUGUUGGUGUGAUACUUGAAAUGUAUGGUCUUUUGAUUGGAAAGAGCGUUGUUCUUGAAGAAGUAUUUGGAAAUUUACUUAAAAGAAUCAAUACUGAGGUGAAGAAGUGUAAAGAGGCAAAAGAAAUUGAGGGUAUGUUGGAGCUACUUAGUGUGUAGUUAUGUAUAAUAUAGGUAAGAAAUAGAACGAAAGAAGAAAUAAGAAUGAGAGUGUAAAGU